UGGUGCUUUGGGAGUCUCAUUGAGGAAGAGACCGUUUUAUUUAUUUUCCCCCCACUUCUUAUUUUGUUUUGUUUUAUUUCUUCGCCCGUUGUGGGAGGAUGGACGCCCUGCGGUCAUUGAGAAGCGAGUCCUCCUGGGACCCUAACCGCACCGCUGGGAUUUCGGAGACGCUGGCCCCCUUGAACGAGAGCGCCGUCAACGCCUACAAGCUCGUGGACCGCCCCCCGUUCGCCACCACGGUAGCGAUGGUGCAGGAGGCCAGGCGCCCUUUCCCCACUGUGGAUGUGCCUGACCACGCCCACUACAUCAUCGGGUCUGUCAUCCUGGCUGUCGGCAUCACUGGGAUGGUGGGCAACUUCUUGGUCAUUUACGCCUUCUGCAGGAGCCGCAGUCUGAGGACCCCGGCUAACAUGUUCGUCAUUAACCUGGCCAUCGCCGACUUCCUCAUGUGCAUAACCCAGACGCCCAUCUUCUUCAUCACCAGCAUGCACAGGAGGUGGAUCUUCGGAGAGAAAGGCUGUGAGCUGUACGCCUUCUGCGGUGCUCUCUUCGGUAUCUGCUCCAUGAUCACGCUGACAGUCAUCGCGCUGGACCGUUACUUCGUCAUCACUCGCCCGCUGGCCUCCAUCGGAGUGAUGUCACGCCGCCGCGCUCUGAUCAUCCUCGCCGCCGCCUGGGCCUACUCUAUGGGCUGGAGCCUGCCCCCCUUCUUCGGCUGGAGCGCAUACGUCCCCGAGGGCCUGCUCACCUCCUGCUCCUGGGACUACAUGACGUUCAGCCCGUCGGUGCGCGCCUACACCAUGCUGCUCUUCGUCUUUGUCUUCUUCAUCCCCCUCUUCAUCAUCAUGUACUGCUACUUCUUCAUCUUCCGCGCCAUCAAGACCACCAACAAGGCGGUGGGUAAGAUCACUGGAGACAGCACUAAGGACUCAAUGAAGAAGUUCCACCGAAUGAAGAAUGAGUGGAAGAUGGCGAAGAUCGCUCUUAUCGUAAUCCUCCUCUAUGUCAUCUCCUGGUCUCCCUACUCAUGCGUGGCCCUGACCGCCUUUGCAGGGUACGCUGACAUGCUCACCCCCUAUAUGAACUCUGUGCCAGCUGUGAUAGCCAAAGCCUCAGCUAUCCACAACCCUAUAAUCUACGCCAUCACCCACCCCAAAUACAGGUCGGCCAUCGCCAAGUACAUCCCGUUCCUGGGCGUGCUCCUGUGUGUGCCCAAGCGCGACCGCUUCACCAGCAGCAGCUUCAUGUCCACACGCCGCUCCACCGUCACCAGCCAGUCCUCCGAGAACAACGGCCUGCAGCAGCGUGGCGGCAAGACACGCCUCUCCUCCGUCUCCGACAGCGAGUCUGGCUGGACGGACACAGAGGCUGACCUCUCAAGCAUGGGGUCAAGACCCGCCAGCCGUCAGGUCUCCAGCGACAUCCGCAAGGACGCAGCGCAGGUGUCGGACUUCAGGCCCUCCAACUCUUUCAAGGGCAAGAUGAAGGGCCGCGACCUGGUUCCCGGAGAGGCCGGCCUGCUCAGGCUCCAGCACACCUCAUUGGACAUAGACGACAUCUCCAUGGCUGAAGUGGGCCAAUCGAGCCGUGCUCUACCUCAGAUGGCCGGUGAUGUCACGGAAGGGGCCGGGCUUAGGGGAAGUGGUGGGCGGAUCCCUUCCAUCGUCAUCACUGGCGAGUCAAGCCCCGCCAUCUUUCCCUCCCACAGGUCCAGCGGCCGUGGUUCCCGCCCCAAACCGGCCAAUGGCUGCAUGGCCACGGGGUCUGUUGCCGCGGAGCUGCUGGCCGUCACACAACAGGGCUCUUUCCUCCCUUCCUCCGCCCAGGACCCCCCCGCCGAGCCCGACAGCUUCUGAGCCAUGCCUC